AUGGGUACUAACAUCAAUUUCAACAACUUAGCCGGAGAUUCUGGAGGGAAUGGGAGCAACAACAAUAGCCAGUCAAAGCCAUUGGCGAGGCAGUCUUCGUUAUACUCGUUAACAUUUGAUGAGCUACAGAGCACUCUAAGUGAGCCAGGGAAAGAUUUUGGGUCAAUGAACAUGGACGAGCUGCUCAAGAACAUAUGGACUGCUGAGGAAACUCAAGCCAUCAUGACCACUACAUCUUCAAUUGCAGCCGUGGCACCUAGUAAUAAUGGCUUUGUUUAUCCAGGAGGGAAUCAUCUACAGAGGCAAGGCUCCUUGACUUUGCCAAGAACGCUUAGUCAGAAAACCGUUGAUGAGGUCUGGAAACACUUGAUGUCUAAAGAGAGUGGUGAUGUGAAUAUGGGAAGUAGUACCUGUGGUGGUGGGUCUGAUGCGCCUGGGAGGCAGAGAACUCUAGGGGAGAUGACUUUGGAGGAUUUCUUGCUCCGUGCUGGCGUUGUGAAAGAUGACAUUGACUCUGUUCAACAGAAUGAAAACGUUAAUGGGACGUUUUAUGAUAACAAUGGUGGUGCUUCUGCUGGUUUGGGGUUUGGAUUUGGUCAGCCAAAUCAAAACAACAUAUCAUUCAACGGCAACAAUAAUUCUAUGAUCUUGCAACAGCAGCAGCAGCAGCAGAGAUUGCCUCCAGCGAUUUUUCCAAAACAAGCGAAUGUGACAUUCUCUGCGCCUGUGAGUAUGAUCAACAAGAAGAAGUUGUUUCAGGCUGCAGAUGGUUCGGUGAACAACAAUAGUGGUUUAGCUACUAUGGGAGGAGGAACAGGUGUGACUGUUGCAGCUACUUCUCCUGGAACAAGUAGUGCAGAGAACAAUGCAUGGUCAUCACCGGUUCCUUAUGUGUUCGGUCGAGGAAGAAGAAGCAAUACGGGAAUGGAGAAGGUUGUUGAGAGAAGGCAAAAGAGAAUGAUCAAGAAUCGGGAAUCAGCUGCUAGAUCAAGGGCUCGUAAGCAGGCUUACACCUUGGAACUAGAAGCAGAGAUUGAAAGUCUCAAGCAACUGAAUCAAGAUUUGCAGACAAAACAGGCGGAAAUUAUGAAAAGCCAGAAGAAUGAGCUGAAGGAAUCGCCGAAGCAGCGUCCAUGGAUGGCCAAAACGCAAUGCUUGAGAAGAACACUCACCGGCCCGUGGUAA